AUGCCGUCCAAACGCCUCCUCACAGCGAAGAAAUUCAUCUCCUACUUUGCAACCCUGGACCAGACAAUCCUCGAAUCCAUUCUGGCGGAGAAUUACUACCACCAAUUUGCACCCGCCUCAAUAAACCCACCCGGCCCAUUCGAUCGAACCGGAUUCCUGGCACACACGAGCGGAUUAACCCGGGUCAUGACAGGGUUCCCCGUCUUCGCGAAGGAGUAUAUCGAGAGUGACAGCGGGAACCAGGUUGUUGUUUGGGCGACGAGCAAGACGGAGUUCCGGGAGGAGCUAAAGGAUGAUGGGAUUGCGAGAGAGGAGUGGGAGUAUGCUGGAGAGUAUGUGUUUAUGUUUACAAUGGACGAGAGUGGAGAGAAGGUGGUGAAGUGUAUUGAAUUUUUGGACGGGGCAGCCACGCCGCGAUUGCUGGAGCUGGCGAAGAGGGCAAGGGGGAAUCUGGAGACUCAAUAG